AUGGCCUCCCCGCCGCUCGUUUCUUCGUUCGCCAUCGGAGCUCCUUCUUCACAUCUGUUUCUUGAAAGUUUCUUCACGAUGUGCGAAUACACCACAACUACCCAUACAUACACCCUCUGCAAGCAAAAGCCGGUGAAGCAUCAUGUCCGAAUUCAAGUUUACAUGCUAUGCGAGAAAGGACAGGGUGUCCGCCAGCACUGCACAGAUUCAACAAUAGCCAAGGACGCUCUCAUAGGUUCUUCAAGAACAGCUGGGGACUGUCCCACUUGCACAUCGAGCACCGCAGCCGUGAUCAAAUACGCCAAUUAA